CGAAAUAUCGAUGCCUUAGGAACGGUCAAAACGUCCAUUGCCAAGCGUGUUCAUCAAUAUCUUAAUGAUGCUGCAAACAAAGACAGGAUUUUCAACUGGACAGAAGAUGACAUCCCCAACGAAAAUGACUAUUCGGAUGUCAAACUUUAUGCUCGCAUUGCUAUUCGGAAAAUUCGUCUUGAAAGCAAUUGGUGACUACGUAGAAGAAUGCAAGUCAGAGUCAGGAGACCUUAUGGACCGGCUGCUCGAAAUCACACUGAAUAUCACAGAAAAGGAUGCCAAGAUGGAGCGCUUUUUGAAAAAUAUUGAAAAGGACGAAGUAUCAGCACAAGAAACCGCCACAGAUUUACCUACCAAAGAACACACAGCCGACUUAAACAAGAAGGAAAUCGCUGCGAUAGUGUUAACUUCUCCACUUUGGAUUCCGUUGGGCAUCGCGGGAAUGGUAACAGUUCUUCCAGUUACGUGUGCAGUCCUGAAAGGAAAACAGCAUCAAAAGAUUUCCAAAUAUAAGGCCAAUAAAUUAGAGCACCUUAAUCGAUGGACAGAACAAAUUCUUAAAGAUGAAUAUGAUUUGAUUUCUCUUGAAUACAUCAUAUUUAACAUGUUGACCGAGAAGAUUAACGAGAAAAUGCGAAACUUUUCAAAGUCAAUCACAAACUACAAAAACCUAUUGAAACGCCUUGACCCAACGAAGAAGAAAAAAGAUGUAAUUCGUGGCUAUGCCGAGAUGAGAGAGCUCUGCUGUCACCUUGAUGUCAUUUUGCCGGUAUUGGAGUAGCCUCAGAAAAAUAGUGGGAGGUUUCGAGGUCUGAGCCCUGAGAAUGUUGCACAAACAUUGUGAGUAGGACAGUUUACAUGACCAAGCGUAAGAAGACAAAGUGCCGGGAAUCUUACUUUAUUGCGAUAACAAAACUUAGUUCCAAUUAAGAUAAUAAUGCACAAACCUCCAUGUACACCUAUACCUAAAGGAAUUGCAUCACUUCUGACAAUGUUGGAGACAAUGGCAAAAACUUGGGUGUGAAUGUGUUCUUUGACUUAUUGUUUUGUUAUUUGAUAUGUACAUUUCUAAUAAGACACUUUAAUUAUUGGAAUUAUGAAAACAUUUUACAAACGAAAACAGGUAUCAGUGUGAUCCUCUAAUUAUUUAUUUUUCUGUACUAUUACUGUUUCUGGUUUUUUUUGUAAUUAGAUGUUGGCUUUCAAUCAUUACGGAGACUUACUGCGUCAGUAUUCAAAUGAAACUUUUUUCUCCUGAUUAUAUUUCUUUUGACAUUUACAUUACCAUUUAAAGACACGUAUAGAACCCCAUUAAAUCGAUCAAUAUAUUUAGGUUUUUCAACCAUUGUCAACCCCAA